CUAAGCUCCGCACAGGCAGAGCGCUUUACCUCCCCAAACUCUUGCAGGAGCCAGACGCAUCAGAGGAGCGCGGCGGAGCUGCAGCCAGAGGAGACUGCUCGUGGACUUUACCCAAACCAGAAACUCAACACGUUUUACGCACGUCGAUCAGCAGAGCCGCAGCCUAUUGCACAUUUGUUUCUUGUUAUUACUCUGCAUUUUUUUUCAUGAAGUGAACCUUUAGUCGCUUGUCAGAACCGUACCGAAUUGCAUUCACUUGUUGCAAAAAGAAAACAUGAGGUCUGCUUCGGAAUCGCUCUGGGGAGGGAUCCGGCUGGCUGUGACAGUGGCGCUCAUGUUAGCAUGCAGAGCGUCAGAAUAUGAGGAUGUCGGCUGGAACCCACCCUACGGCAAGCCUCCCCAGUGUGUGGACAUCCCGGAAGACCUGCGGCUCUGUCACACUGUGGGUUACACCCGGAUGCUACUUCCCAACCUGUUGGAACACGAGACCAUGGCCGAGGUGAAGCAGCAGGCCAGCAGCUGGGUGCCCCUGUUGCACAAGAACUGCCACCCGGGCACGCAGGUCUUCCUCUGCUCGCUCUUUGCGCCCGUGUGCCUGGACAGACACAUCUUCCCCUGCCGCUGGCUGUGCGAGGCCGUGCGGGACGGCUGCUCCCCCAUCAUGGGGGCGUUUGGCUUCCCCUGGCCGGACAUGCUCACCUGUGACAAGUUUCCCGAAGAGGAUGUGUGCAUCGCCAUGUCGCAGCCCAAUACGACCGAGGCUACCCGGACGACAGGUCACUCCCUCAUCUGCCCUCCAUGUGACAAUGAAAUGAAAACAGACGCCAUACUGGAGCACAUGUGUGCCAGCGAGUUCGCUUUCAAGACCAAGAUCAAGGAGGUGAAGCGAGAAAACAUGGACCGCAAAGUUAUCCUGCAGAAGAGGAAGAAGAUGUUGAAAGAAGGGAACCUGAAGAAGAAAGACUUGAAGACGCUGGUGUUGUACUUGAAGAACGGCGCGGACUGCCCCUGCCAGCAGCUCGACAACCUGGGAAACCACUAUCUAAUCAUGGGCCGCAAGGUGGAUAAGCAGUACCUCCUCACUGGCAUCCACAAGUGGGACAAGUCCAGCAAAGAGUUCAAAAAGGCCAUCAAGAAGCUCAAGACCUACAAAUGUCCUGCUUUCGAGAACGUCUUCAAAUAAUAUGAGCCCCCCACCCCCAACCUCCUUUGGUCACAUCUCAUACAUAUGAACUUGCACAAGCAUUAAAAACCCAAACUUUGCUUUCUGUUUAUAUAUCUAUAUAUCUUUGUAUAUUUACAGAUAUACUUUGAAAUGUCCAUUAAGUUUUAGUUGAAUGUGGUGAGUGAUGACACCACAAAAAAGUGUUGACGUCCUUCUUUCCCUCGGCUUAAGAAAAGGACAUUGUAGUAAAAGCCCUUUCUCACUGAAAUCAUUUCCAUUAUAUGUAUGUAGAUACUUUCUUUCACUCUUUCACUCAACAGGUCAGUGGAUUUUGAUUAAAGGAUUAGUUAGACAUUUUGGGAAAUACAUCUUUCCUUUAUUCCUGAGAUGAGAAGACUGAGACACUCUCAUGUCUGUACAGUUAAUAAGAAGCUUGACCUAGCAUAAGGUUAGCUUAGCCUAGCAUGAAGAUUAGAAGUAGGAGAACAAGCUAACCAUAAAUUGUUGUUUUUACAUUUUGUUUUUGUACAGAUUAAACAAAUUAAAUAUAAUGUGUAAUUAGUGAACUUUAGUGGUGCUGGGUGGUGGAAUUAUUUUGGACAGAGCAAGGCUAGCUGAUUCUGCUUCCAGUUUUUAUGCUCACGUAGGCUACCAAUCUGCUCCAGCUUAAUCAUAUUUAGCAUAGGGACAUGAGGGUGGUGUUAGUCUUCUCAUCUAAUGCUCAGCUAGAAAAAAAAUCUAUUCUUUUAAAUCUCUCUAAUUCUGAUCAUAUAAUAAUAAAUCAUAUAAUCAAUGAUUAGACUAGGUAAUUGGCAGUUGCAGGUAUUUCCAGCUUUAAAAGCUACCCUGUAGCUUCAGAACAGCUCUGUAGGGUUCCUGUUGAAUAAGUUAUUGACAGAAGUAUGAGAGAGUGCUGCCGUUAGCUGAUUGUUCUGUCAAACUGACCUACCAAUAAUUUGUAUUUUCUUCACUUCAUUGUUACGUUUCUUUUUGUGACUUGAAAUCUCUUAAAAGAUUCAUAACCACCAAUCUGCAUCAUGAGAUAGCAUGUAGGCCUAUGUAGAUUUCUUGUGUGUUGUCACCUGACAUUUGUCUAAAUAUUUUUAUAACUUUUCUGUCUCUCUACAUCCAGUCUAACUGCAGUAAUCAGUAUUCAUCGGUAAUGGAAAAAGUCUAUACAUGUUUAAAAGUGCAAAAGUUAUCAAAGUGCAAAUAUUGCCAACCCUGUGUUCUGGCUUGUUUUGUGUCGCUGGUCCGUUUUAGCACUGUUUUGUUUCAAAUUUGAUUGACAGCGGUGCAUUGCUGCCUAAAACAUGUACAUACAAAUUUUACAUAAAUAUGGAAAACUGUAUGAUGUCUCUUAUAUUAUUUAGUUUUCUUUCAUGGAUUUAGAUAUGGCAAUGUUGGUUGGUUGGUCGGUCCACCACUUUGGUCCAGUGAAACUGAUCAAAAUGUGUUUAACUUUUUGACAAAAUACCAGAAAAACUAGUGACAUUCCCGUCAGCAGCAGCUGUACUUUAUCUUUCAGGAGUUAACAAAGAUUAUGAACAUGGUUGUAUGACUUCAUAGACAGUAACAUGCAAAUCUACACAUCCAAAAGUUUCAGAGUGGAAAGGCCAUGUAAUACCUGCCAACAUCAGCAUGUUAACUUUGUCACUGGGAACAUGUUAGCAAACUGACAUUAGCAUUUAGCUCAAAGCAAUGCUGUCCAUAAGUACAGCUUCCCAAAGCUGUUAGGCUAUAUUACCAAACAAACUACAACUACCCCAAUCCCCCAGAACAUUGGGGUUCAAAACGGUUAAGGCUGUGGAACAGCACUUUGCAGUGAUUUGAUUUAUUACUAAUUUGAUAGCUAAAUUGUGCCCUUAAAGUAUAUUAAAGCCCAGUCAAGAUUUACUUUUAAAACAUUUAAUAUUUCAGUUGAUUUUAGGCUUACAUAGCACAUGACAUGUCCUGAAACAAAUGUAUAUUUAAUCAAAUAAUCACAAACUAACAUAUGACAUAUAGUAGAGCUAGUGUGGGAUCAUUUAUUGGUCAACCCACUACAGCUACUUCAGUUAUCUUGACACCUUUCUGCAUUGCAGAAUACUUGUAUAUCACAUCUAAUUAUCAAAUUAUUUUAUGUGUACAUGACACAAGAGUGAAGAGCCAGAUCUAUUCAUGUUAGUUACUUGUAAACAUUUAGCAACUUAAAGAUGUAUUGCUGAGACUGUGGGACCUCUUAUCUUUCUUGUAAACCAUAAUUUUGGUCUUUGCACGUAAUGUGUGAUGCUGUUAAAACAAAAUAUUAUAUGAACUGCCAAAACAACCAAUCAUGUCAAACAGAAAGCACUUUCUGUUAGCUGUGCCAAACUAACGAUAUCAUGCUUUUUGGAAAGAUAAAACAUCACAUUGCCAGAUCUCCACACAGAAGGAUCUCUCAUGCACGCAUGUUUUUCUUGCCCCCCACAUCUCUGAUGAUGCUAAAUUCUUGUCUGGGUGUCUUCUGAUUCAGGGUUAUUGUGGCUUCACAGGCUGUUGGUGCUUCGGUAUGUGGUGUGUAAAUGCUAAUCCUGAGAUAUUAACAGCUCAUGUUGAUAGUGAACUCUAAUUCUUUCAUAACGGAAAGUCAGCACUGUGUAAUGAACUGUAAAACUAAAAAGAUUUGUUUCAAUAAAGUCUGUGCUGAUGGA